UUUUUUUUUCUCUCUCUCUCUCUCUCUAUGGCGGCGUACAGCAUCCGAAAAUAGAAUUGCAAUUUAGUCUUUCUGAAUAGGUUAUUCAAAGAGGGCCAGAGCUUUCAAAAAGUGUCAUCAUUGCCCUCAUAUACAACAUGAAGCCGCGUGAAAAAAAAAGGUGUGGCACUGUCGUGACCAUGAUUCACCAUGUCGGAGAAGCCAAGGGCGGGAAUUCAUGCUUUCCACUCACCGCUUGGUCAAUUACGUCGUGUCAAAAGAAAAGCGGACCGUGGAGAACCCAGUCACAGAUGGUCCAAAACGAGCACUGGCUGUCUUGAAGAUCGCACCUUUUCCCCCCUUGGCAUUGGUGAACGCCUUUUUCCUUUUCUUCCAACUUUUUAUAUAUCAUGAAUAUUUUUCGUCUUGUCGCGGAUUUGAUGCAUUUAGCAUCAAUUUUUAUCCUGUUGUUAAAAAUUCGAAGCACGCGUUCCUGCGUAGGUAUAUCGUUUAAAUCGCAACUACUUUAUGCCAUUGUCUACUUGACCCGUUACUUGGAUUUGGUAACGAAGUGGGUGUCACUUUACAACACAUGUAUGAAAGUGUUCUUCAUCGCUUCGUCGUUAUAUGUCAUCUACCUGAUGAGAUUCAAAUUCAAGGCCACUUACGACGCGAGUUUGGAUACGUUCCGCGUUGAAUAUCUGCUGGGAGUUGCAGCUAUUUUGGGGGUGGCAUUUACUUAUCACUACACAGUAAUGGAGAUUUUGUGGUCUUUUUCGAUUUGGCUGGAAUCCGUGGCCAUUCUGCCUCAACUGUUUAUGCUUCAGAGAACCGGCGAAGCAGAGACCAUCACCACGCAUUACUUAUUCGCUCUGGGCGCUUAUCGAGGCCUGUAUUUGUUCAAUUGGAUUUACCGAUACUUUUUUGAAAACUACGUGGAUUGGAUCGCGUGGGUAGCCGGUCUGUUGCAGACCGCAUUGUACAGUGACUUUUUCUACAUUUAUUACACAAAGGUUGUCAAGGGCAAGAAGUUCGAAUUACCAAAGAUGGUCUAAGACGAAAUCCAAAAACUUCACCUAUAUUAAUAAAGUAGGGUUGGUUUUUU